CGUAGGUAGUUUUUCCUAAAGUUACUUAUCUGUAAAAGUUAGUUGAAUCGAUACCUUAGGACUUUGGAUUUUUCCGUACUUAUAAUAUAAUUAUUCUGAUUUAAUAUGGAAGAAAAGCAAAGCAGUACUUCGAAAAAUGUAAUUAAAUGUAGGCGAUUUUAUUGUUCUAUAUGUGAAAUUUUUACGAACUCCAGUCAACAGUUCGAUCAACAUUUGAAAGGAAUUGGUCAUCAGCAUAAAAAAUAUAUUGUUCGCAACAGUAAGCAAGUCGAGCCCUAUAUAGACAGUGGCGACAUUGAUGCUGCAUUCUACAUACCUGUUUUUAUGUUAAUACUUUUAACGGCAUUCAUUUUUUUCUAUCUGAUAAGUAAAUAUAUGCCUGUAUUAAACCAUUAAUUAUUAAUUAGAUGGAUUAAUUAUGUCAUGGUCAUUAAAAUUGCCUUAAAUUUCGCGCCACAAUUUUAAUUGGCGGAGAAGUCGUCCCCAAGCGUUCACGGCUUCUAUGCGCACGAACGAACGCGCAGAACAAUGAGGUAGCAGCCAUUUUAUGUCGGUGGCUAAGAAAAACAUAAUUCGAAUGGCUAAGCUUAAUGAAAUUGUGUAAUUAGUGUUCUAAUUUAUGUGUUUCUGCACACGUUACUCUUUUUAGGUGUUUUUUUACUAAUGUGGUGGUUAAAAAUGUGUUCGGCGAGUGGGCGCCAUUAGUUUCCCGGCACACUGGAGCGUGGGCGUCGGGGGCGUGGCGCGGGGCGUGGGCGUCCCCGUGCCGCCCCCCGGCGACCUACUCGCCACCAUCAGCAUGUUCGAGCAGCAGAUCAAGGCCGAGCCCAUGAGCUUCUACACACACCAACAUGUGAACAGCGGGCCGCCCACCAUAAUCCGUUCGGAGUCAAACCAUCCCAUCAUCAACAUGAACCAGCACCAGCACGAGGACUCCAAGGACAGCCUGAUGCAGCAGCAGCACCAGGAGCUCAUGGAGCACCAGGACAUGCAGCAAGAUGAUGAUGAUGUCGACAAUUUGAGCUUCAAGGGGAUGGAGGAUGAAGGAGUUGAAAUGGACAUGGACGGCAGACAAUGUGCACAAGGAAUGGGUGUCGACAUGGGUUCAAUCCAAACAAAAAUGGAAGUAUCAAACGGCCCGCAAUCAAUUCCACGCUCAAAACCUCAAGCUUGUAAGGUAUGCGGCAAAGUGCUGUCUUCGGCAUCAUCGUAUUACGUCCACAUGAAGUUACACUCCGGGAACAAGCCGUUUCAAUGCACAGUAUGCGACGCAGCGUUCUGCCGCAAGCCGUAUCUGGACGUGCACAUGCGCACACACACCGGCGAGCGGCCGUUCCAGUGCGACCUGUGCCUCAAGCGCUUCACGCAGAAGUCCAGCCUCAACACGCACAAACGCGUCCACACCGAUGAGCACAUGCGCGCGUUGAUGGUGAAGGACCGACCGCACAAGUGCGAGCUCUGUGGGAUGCGCUUCACGCAGAGCUCCAGCCUCAACAGACACAAGAAAAUACACACGGAGGAGCACAGACGCGCCCUGUUAGAGAAAGUGCGGCCGUACCAGUGCCACAUCUGUUUUAUGCGCUUCACUCAGAAGUCCAGCCUGGGCCGUCACGGAAAGAUACACACUGAGGAGCACAUCCAAUCGCUGAUCAACAAAGUGCGCCCAUAUCAAUGUGACGUCUGUGACAAGCGGUUCACGCAGAAGUCCAGCCUUGGCACCCAUAAACGUAUACACACCGGCGAGCGGCCGUUCCAGUGCACCGUCUGCCUCAAGUCCUUCACGCAGAAGUGCGCGCUCAAUUUGCACGAAAAGAUACAUACGGGCGAGCGGCCCUAUGAGUGCGACGCGUGUCACAAGCGCUUCACGCAGAAGUCCAGCCUCAGUAUACAUAAGCGGACGCACACAGUCCAGGGCAGACCGUUCCAGUGCCUGUCGUGUCCCGCCGCCUUCACCUGCAAGCAAUACCUGGAGAUACACACGCGCACGCACACCGGCGAGCGACCCUAUCAGUGCGACAUCUGCCUGAAGCGCUUCACGCAGAAGUCUUCGCUCAACAUACACAAACGGACGCACUCAGUGCAGGGCCGGCCCUUCCAGUGCCUGCAGUGCCCCGCCGCCUUCACCUGCAAGCAGUACCUCGAGAUCCACAACCGCACGCACACCGGCGAGCGUCCCUACCAGUGCGACGUCUGCCUCAAGAGGUUCGCGCAAAAGUCCACCCUCAACAUUCACAAACGAACGCACACAGUGCAAGGUCGGCCGUAUCAGUGCACGGAGUGUCCUGCGGCGUUCACUUGCAAGCCGUACCUGGAGAUUCACAUGCGCACACACACCGGCGAGCGGCCCUUCGAGUGCGAUGUCUGUUACAAACGCUUCACGCAGAAAUCUACGCUCAACAUCCACAAGCGAAUACAUACCGGAGAACGUCCGUACGCCUGUGAUAUCUGUCAGAAAAGAUUUGCUGUGAAGAGCUAUGUCACCGCGCACAGGUGGUCGCACGUGGCGGACAAGCCGCUGAGCUGCGAGCGCUGCUCCAUGACGUUCACGUCCAAGAGCCAAUUCGCGCUGCACAUCCGCACGCACGCCACCGGACCCUGCUACGAGUGCAGCGUGUGCGGCCGUACCUUCGUGCGGGACAGCUACCUCAUACGGCACCACAACCGAGUGCACCGCGAGAACCACAGCAACGUGUCGGCGAACAGCAUCAGCACCAUCAACAGCGUCGCCACCAAUACUUCCAACUACGACUCGCCCGGCGUCUGCGACCUGAGUUUUGUGCCAAUGGUGAACCGCUACAUGACGUCGCAGGGCACUCAGGUGUCGAUGGACACGACCAAGAUGUCCGCCAUGUCGCCGCAGUCUAUCGCCUCUAUUUCGUCGCCCCCUCCCCCGCACACGCCGACGCCGCAACCGCCGAUGUCGGGACAGAUGCGUCUCUCAGAUUGAUUGUUAGUAAGGUCUGGUGAAACCAGCGAGUGGCGAGUGUGCAAUAAAGAAGGCAGCCAUCGUGAAUGCAGCUAAGAACGUCUUGGACGGGAAAGAAUCAAAUUCAUUAUUUUGUAUAAGUUGUUUACCCAAUCGGUGACGCGGAGAGAAGUGUAGAGCUUGUGGAAUCCCUCAGGCAGAGCACCGAGCGCCUAUCGGCAUCGCAGCGCACCACGGCCCGGCCGAAGCGACUACUCUUUUAACAUUUUACACUAAACGAGCCAAAUUGAACCUUAAUUUACUUAAACGAUUAGAAAACGAGAGCUGGUCUCUUUUACCAAAGCUUUUUACGUAUAAAAAUGAAUAUUGAAUUAGAAAUGUGAAAAGAGUACGUAUUUUGCGUCGCGACGCAGCCGGUGCGUGCGCGCGCGCAGUAGUGUGUAGUGACGUAGCGUACCGCCUAUUAUAUACGCAUUGUGAUUUAAUCCACAGCUGUGAUUUAUCCAUACCACCACGCUAUAGUGGUGGCAUUCAUAAAUCGAUACUUAACUCUCAUUUAUAGAUCGUAGGCCUAAAUUUUGAUCUCAUAUUCUAAUUUGCUUAGGGAUAAACGUUUCGGUAUAUUUACUAUCCGACUUGGAAAUUCUAAAUUCAGUCGUUUCGCUUCUCAUCACCAUCCUUCAUUAGACGUAGUGGUAACGAAAUCUUAUUGCGAUGCUUUAACUUAGAUGUUUCGAUGUAAUUGGGCGAGGCGGCUACGCGCCGCAGCGCAGCGACUCGGGUCUAAGAAACACAAGUACAAAAGGAAAAUAAUAGCAGUCCUCGGAGGCAAUAAUGAAAGCUUCACAAAAGUAAUUAGUAAUGUUUAUUGGAGUAAUCCAGAGAAGUGCCUGUUGCAACAUAAAAUUGGCAAUAUUUUGGUAAUAUUACGUUCGAGUAUUGAGUUCUGUGUGAUUGUCGCGAGGCGAUAACGUGAGACUAUCGGGGUUCGCAUAUACAGAGCGUAUAAUUUGUGAAGCUUCUUACUAUAACUUUGUGUGCCUUCUAGCGUAUAGCGACGUUAGCCAGUAACGAUCACACGUUUCAUUUACUUCACCCAAACAUCACGUCUCGGUUGGCUUCGGUGUUGUAAAGCGCUGGUCCCUCGCGGUCAAAUGUGUGUUUUUCCUUGUUAGACUUGUCUUGUGUUGUGGGGAGUGUGUGGUCUGUGGAAAAUUAGAAUUUUAAACUUGCACAAAUUACUAAUUCCUAAUUGUAGCGUAAAUUGAAUGAAAGCUUUAAUUUUAUCUUUCGAAGUUUAUAUAUUUCAAAAUUUUAACAUUAUUCAUUUUAUAAAGAGAUUAUUUUAUUAAAACUUUUCGAAGAUAAACAAGAAAAAACAGACAAUUAGCAGAGGCUGACCGAGUUUUAGGGAUACAAAUUCCGGAGUUGAGUGCUGAUUUCUAUUGCCGUUUUAUUGGUAUAAUAGUUAGUGUAUAGCGCAGUAGUCUUCCAAUACCUUGAGACGUAGUCGCACCGUGUGCGAGUGUCCGCUGCGGGGGUUCCUUAUGGUUUGCCAUUAUUGAUAUCAAAGAUAGAUUGGUGCCAUUUCUAUGUAAAUGAAGCGGUAGCGGUAGGGUAAGUUUAGUUAAGUUUGCAGGUCAGGGUAGUAUUGGAAAUGGAAUACCGCGUACCGUUCGCUUCGUGCGUGCGUCCGUACGUACCGAACGCUCAGUACGUGCGUGGCGCGGCGUGCACGCUCGCCGUACGCUGUUCCAUUUCCAUGGUGUUGUGUGAGUCCACGAGCUGAGGGUCGAACUUUGUACAUAUGGUAGGGAUUAUUUAUUCGAAUGAUGUGAAGUUAUUCAAAAUUUCGAGGUAAGGAUGUCUGAUUUGUAGAAUUUUUUUUCUACAAUCAUAGCGUAACGAACUGAGGAAAAGUUUAUUGGAAUUAAUCAUAGAGUAUUUAGCGCAGAAGUAUACUUUUGGGUAUGAAAAUCAAAAUUUUCCUUGUAGAUAUACAUAAUGAUAAUAAUAUAUACAUAUAAAUGUUGUUUGAUAGUCCUCAAUAUUUUUUUAUAUUUUGAUAGUUCUGUAUUUGAAACUUGAGAAAAAUAGGCCAAUAUCUCAUUUAUCAUUUACAUAUAAUAUAAAAUAUGUAUGUACGCGAUACUUUAAGACGAAUCAACACGACGGAUGCAUUUAGUCGCCCGAGAGCGGAGGAUUAGAUGUUAACAUCAGAAUAUUUUACCAACAAUUUUAAAUCUAUUAAGUUUCUUACCAAGCCAUUGAGAACAGUAUUAUUUAGAGAAACUAGAUGUUUGGUUUAACGUAGAUUAAAUCUUCGAUUACCAAGUUUAAAUUACCUUAAAAAUUGAUUUCCCCAUAGUUGUAGCGAUGUGCGUCGCCCCAACGCCGCGCUCGCGGUAUCGACAUGUAUUAUGAAUGGGAAUAGAGACACCAACAUAGAACUAGGUACAUAAAUAUAUAAAUGUAUAGUGGCGGGACUCUCGCUCCGAACUCGGCUACGAUUCUUUAAUGAAGUAUAUUAUUUUAUAUUUUGUUGUCCGUUCUAUAUUAAUUGUUUUUAAUAUUUUUCUUAUAUUGCAUAUUCUACGAGUCUAUUGUUAUUUUAUGGUAGCCGAGUCGAGACCGAGGUCACACAAAGAUUUAGGUCUGUUAUGUUACGAAAUAAUUUUAUAUCGCGACUUAUAUUUCGUAAAAUAACAGAGCUUCGGCCGUCGCCUACGAGUUUUUGAGUGCACACUGUCUUCUCGAAACCUGCAUUCUAAACUCGUACGCGCCGGCUCCCAUAUUUUACAUACCGAUGUUAGUUACUAUAUUUAGAGGUAAUACCGAGCUAUGAAUUUUAUUUACGUCGUCGUAAUAUUUGGUGUAAGCGAUUUCUCCGACUAUAUUCAACCAUAGAGAAGACUGAAUUAAAAAAUAUAUCAGCCCGCAUUGGAACGAAGAAUACUCAAAAUUAUUUCAAAAUUUGCAUCGUUUUCGAGUCGAGGUCGGUCGUGGAGUUGGACCAACCAGUCAUGUAGAUCGAUGGAAUCGUACAUAUCCUCUCCCGUGCAUAUAGGGUGAAACGUUCAGUCGUUGACGCCCACGUGUAAAGGGGUGUCGACGAGGGGCGUGUCCCACACUACGUAUACUUACCCCGCUGUGGAGCUAGUCCGGCCCCGGGGGGCGUGGCCGACAUGUUGCUCCCCUCCCCGUCGACUCGAAUACUUUCCGUUCCCCGGUCGAUGCUAUUUCGAGUUCCGUUCGUCUUCGAGUCGGCGUCGAGCGGAGGAGGCGUCGUGAGCCUUGUGUAAUCAUUAUGUCUAAGGUACAUAAAUAUUUAGUUGUAUCGUAUCGUUAGAUUUACGCGAAUUUCAGCUUUGCCAACAUAUUGCGUUGCUUACGUCAUAAUCGUAUGAGAGUACAGCCUAAGGAUUUUAACGGUUUUUUUAUAUGCUGCGAGCUACUUCUGAGUCGCCGUUUUUACCUACUCGUAGUGUUUACGACUAUUGCGUACUAACAAAAGGCUCUAAGCCGACCCACGUUUUGGAGUAUUUUACAUGAUUUUAAUUGUUUUAUACCGAGCGGCUCGGGGGCGGGUCGCGUAGACGGAGCUCCGCAGAGUUUUAUUGACCAAUAUUUUUGAAACUGCAAACUGUUUUUCCUUUUUUUAUUGUUAAAAUUUUUAGGCUAGUUUAUAUUUUAUCUGAUAAGUUAGAUUCGUUAAUUGUGGUGUAUUUACAUUGCACGAAGUCCCCGCGGCCUCUAUACCGUGUACCGUGUUAUGUUUAUAGUCUGAGCAUGUGAUACGUUAUUAUAAGUUGGAAGGGGCUGGUAACACUUAAAACUGAUCUCGUGAUCUCGCGUGACAGUCUUUCUAAUGUUCUAUAAUAUUCGAGUAUACGUCUAGUUUGAUAAAUAUAUUAUCUUAUUUCCUAAGACUGAUGUGCAGCGCCGCUGCCUAUUUAGGUGUUAUCAUCUACUUAAAAUUAUGAAAUCUUACUAUUUUAUUCUUUAUUAUUGUUUAUCGUUGUACCUCGAGAGGCGUGGGGAGUUUGGAGGGCGCGGGGACUAUUAUGUAGUCAGCAUUAUGUAUAUGCUUUAAUGUGAUUUUUUAAAUGUACUCUUUAUAAUAGUAUCGUCGAUCAGAAUGAUUAGCUACUAACAAAAGGAUUAUUAAUUUUUUUUGAGUUCAUAGUGAUUUAUAUUGAGAUCAAUAAAUACAGAGUUUAUUUAAUUUUAUGAAAAAUAUACAUUGUAAAAUUAAUUAUUCGUUAGUGCUCUUUUUUAGAGCUCUAUUAAAAAAGAAACUAUAUGAAUGCAAAAUAACAAGUCACACGAUUCUUUUAGAGGUCGCCAUGUAGUGGAGAAAAAUAAACGUGCCAUGAUAUUUGUGGCUA